AUGUCCACGAAAUUGAGCACCAUUCCAAAUUUAUUUCAAAAAUUCCAAAAAUGUGAAAGCAUUUUUUCUAAAAUAUCUGUUUGGAAGGGAGAUAUUACUUUGUUAGAAGUUGAUGGAAUUGUGAAUGCUGCUAACAAUCAGUUGAGAGGAGGAGGAGGAGUAGAUGGGGCGAUUCAUAGAGCCGCUGGAGUUGAUGAGCUGCAAAAAGAGUGUCGUAAAAUCGGACGUUGUGAGACUGGGGAAGCUGUUAUAACAUCAGCUUGUGGAAUAAAACAUUUGAAAAAAAUAAUUCAUACUGUUGGACCGCAAGUUGGUAAAGCGCUUCCGACUGAAACUGAAACUAAACUACUCCUCUCGUGUUAUGAAAAUUCUCUUGAGCUGGCGAUCGAGCAUAAUUUGAAAACAAUAGCCUUCUGUUGCAUAUCAACUGGCGUUUACGGUUAUCCAAGUGUCUUGGCUGCUGAAAAUGUCUCGAGCUUCAUUUUUAAUUGGUUGCAAACUCAUCCCAAACGAGAUAUGAUCGAUCGAAUUGUUUUCUGUUGUUUUGGAGACUCGGAUACCAACACCUACCUCAAAUGUUUCAACGAUAAAUUCUUACUUGACGUUUUAUAA